AGUUGUGAUUCGGGAUCAUGGAAUUACCCGAGAAGACUUAUGUGUCGCAGGAGUACAUAGAGACCGCCUCUGGGAAUAAGGUGUGCAGAAACUCAGUGCUUUGUGGCAGUCAGAACAUCAUACUCAAUGGCAAGAGCAUCAUACACCAGAACUGCAUCAUCAGAGGCGACUUGGCGGGAUGCAGGUUUGGACGAAAUUGUGUCAUCAGUGAACGGUCUGUGAUCCGACCGCCCUCGAAACGAUCAGCCAAUAAGAUUUCAUUCAUUCCUGUGCAGAUAGGAGAUUGUGUUUACGUCGAAGAAGAUGUGAUCCUUCAGGCGACCAGUGUUGGAAGCUAUGUCCAUAUAGGGAAGGGAUCGGUUAUCGGCAAAAGAGCCAAGCUGGGCGAUUGUUGUGCUAUCUUACCCGGAUCUUAUCUUCCUCAAGAUACGGUAGUUCCAACUUUUGCAAUAUUUGGAGGCUCGCCAGCACAGUGGGUUGAUGAUUUGCCAGAGACGCAACAGUUUCUGAUGAACGAGGCCUGUAGGAACUAUUACGCGAAUUUUAGACCUGUCUCAACGUCGACUACGUGAUCAAAGAGAUGUGAUUUUAAUUAUAAAUUGAAUAUAAAAAACUUAUUUUUAGUCGUUAAUCAUUUCUGCCUGAGAAGGGGUAUUCUUUCUAAUUUUCAAAAAUUGCAAUA